CUGUAAUUUUUGAAAUGAGAAAUGAGUUAAUUAAAGAACAAUAUCGGCUACUAAAAUGGAUCAUUCUUAUUCUGAAAGUGACGUCUCCUUAUCGCCUACACAAAUUUUAGAGAAACUUGAAAUGUUGCGACACUUACAAACAAUGCAACGCGGGAAACUUCUGAAACAGCGCUUAGACUACCAAAACUCGACUGAAAUUUCUUCAAGUAUUACCGAAAUUGUAAGUCAUUUUAGCAACAGUACUACUUAUAAUACGUUUAGAAGUAUACUUCAGUCAUCUCACGAUACCUCGCACGAAGUCUCUCCGCGGGAAAACUUUUCUGCUCUGCGUGAAGAUGCCCCGAUUCGUCUUAACACUGAUUUACCAGACAAAAAUGACCAAUAUCCUACCAUGGACGGGGUUUCAGCGCUAAAUUUAUCCCAAGAAUCUGAAUUUAUACAAAAUUCGCCAAUAUCAAGUCGCAGUACCACAUCUAUGCCACCGAAAACUAUAGGAUCACAGGAUAAUCUUAAUAAUAACAAUAACAGUAUAAAUAAAAAACAAAUAUCCUUAGAUGAGAUGCCCAUACUUUCUCCUAAGAAAAACUUUGAAGAGUUAAUUGUUGAAAAGCUAAAAAAUGAACAACCUGUCUCAAAGCCAAUUCAAAAAAUAGCUCCUUCACAAAAGAAACAUUUUUUAAAGAGAGGCGAAGGAAUGGCACGUUUUGGUCUCCGUAAAAAUGACUUAAUUAUACAAAAUACUAAAUCUUUACCUUGGAGAAGAAAGUCAGAAUCUAUUAAACCUAUUUUAAAACCUAAACCUGAGAAAAUUUUAAAGAAAAGUAUAGAAGCUGGUAAAAAAGUAAAUGUGGAAAUUAUAGUUCCUGAACAUAACAAAAGUAAUCCAAUCCCUAGUAAGACUGUAACAAAAACAACUGUGCAAGAUUCUGAUGCUAUGAAUGAGACACAUAGCACUAACUUGAUAACAAAAAAUAAAGAUGAUGCUACCACUUUAAGUGAUUUGUCAAAUGAUAAUUUAAAGAAAAGUAGUUUAAAAAAUUCUAAAGAUAAACAUCCAAUGUUGUCUCAAAGAGGAAAAACUUGGCAAGCGGUACUUACAAAAGAGCAAGAUGAUUUUCUCAGGCAGUUGAAACAAAGUGAUUAUUAUAAAAACUUUGCCUCACCAUCAAAAAGCAUUGAUUCUGAAGUUAGCUGUUGUGAGAGUAUUUCGAAUGCCCAAAACUCCAAAGAAAUUGCUGAACAAAAUUUGUUUGAUUUAAUUGAAAAUAAAGUCUCACAUGACAGUUUUAGUAUUGAAAACUCGUUUUUUAAUCGCUUUUUAAGGAAAAAUAAACUAGAAUAUUCUGGUGAAAGUACCCCACUAAUAAUGCAGAAAUGUUUAUCAGAAAACCCAAAUUUAAUGAGAAUCGCUCCAGAUCUUGUAAAAAAGAACAGAAAUGCUAUAUCAUAUAGUGAAGAUGAAACAUGUCAUAGUGAAUGCACUGAUUGUAGUGAAACUUGUUGUUCUGAAUACACAUGCUGUUCAUGCAAAAGUACACCCCAAAUAAAUGAUAAGAAAAAAAACAAUAAUCAAGGAGUUUUAAUACCCAAUCAAAAACUAAGGAACCAAAAUGAAAAUAAAAAUAGUAAAAAUGAUUGUCAAGAUGACACUAUAACUGCAAAAGACACUGACAUAAUAAAUGCAAAUAUGGCAGAAAUGAAUGCCAAAUUAGUUGCAACAAGUGAACUAUUGAAAGACAGACUUCGUGAAUUGGAAGAUGAAAUUGAAACAUUUAGAAAAGAAAAUGCUACCAUUAAUAAAAUGAGAGAGGAAAUUGAUGCAGAGCGUCAAAAGUUUUAUGAAGAAAAAGCUGCUUUUGAGCAAAAGUUUAAUGAAGAAAAAGUACUAUCUGAAUAUUAUUUAGCAGAGGAAAAGGAAAAACUUUCAAAACAAAAACAAAUGUAUGAACGUUAUGUAAGGGACAUGAGAGGUAGGCUCAAUAAAAAAGAAAAAGAUGAAGUGACAAACUUAAAAACUGAAAUAAGUAAUUUAAAGGAAGAGAUAAGAGUUAAAGAUGCGAAAUCGACUUCUAUUAUAGCUAGAUUACGUAACCAGUUAAAGAUAAUGGAAAAAGAUAAAAAAGCAUUAGAAGAUGAAGUAGAAAAGUUAAAAAAAGAAAAUAAAAGGAUACAGCAUAGUAAUGAAAUAACGAGAAGAUUAACAAAUCUGAAGUAUUUGGAACAGAUCAAUAAAAAACUUUCGAACAUGACUUCUAGAGAUACAAGAUCUGAUGUAGAAUCAGAUCCUAAUGUAAAAUAUAAAACAUUCGAAAUUGAGCGGCAAAAAGAACAGAAGAAACCUAAAGGAAUACGAACACGGGCGAAAAGUGUACCCAAUUUAAAUGUGACUUCAAAGUAUGCAAAAUAUUUCAGUCAAAAAGAUUCGAUAAGUGAUAAAGAGAAAGGAUCACUAGUUGAAACCCAUACCUACAGCUCUGAUGAAGAUGAUCGUAAUAAUGAAUCUUUAGAAAAUUUAGAUAAGAGUUACAAUGAAUGUGAGAAUAAUUUUGAGACUGAAGAUAAUUAUCUAGAAAAAAUGUACAACGAUAGGUUUAAAACAAUUUCGCCACCCAGUAAGAGAUCUAGUGGAUCUAAUGCAAUAGACACUCCUGAUAAUGGGAGUAUUAAUGAAGAUACAAAUGAUUUCUUUAUACAGAAAUCAAAUUCUGUGUCUUCAAGUAAACAGUCUUUAUCACCUCAUGAUACAGUGUCCACUUCAAAAAAUACUUCAAUAUUAAGUCAAAGAUCUAAUUCAAAAUCACUUUCUGUAAUCAACGAUAAGAAAAGUUAUUUUUCGAAUCCUCAAAAUGUCACAAAUUCAAGAAACAAAUCUCCCAUAUCUAUACUUAGUAAUCAUUCAUCUAGUAGCCAAAGACCAGCAACUGUUAUUUACAAGGAUACUCCAUAUAUUGAUGACAGAAUGAUACCUAGCCCUGAACCUACUAUUAGUAAAACAAGUUUAACAAAAACAAGCUUAAAUCCUCUAGAAACGAAAUUAUCGGAUGGAUCAAGAGAAUUAAGGUUUCCAAAUGGCAAUGUUAAAAUAAUAUCUGCAGAUGGAAAAUACAGUAAAUUUAUAUAUUACAAUGGAGAUGUAAAAGAAAAUUUCUAUAAUGAGGGUAGAGUUAAAUAUUAUUACGCUGAAUCUAAAACAUAUCACACAACACACCCUGAUGGAUUAGAAGUACUUGAAUUUCCAGAUGGCCAAGUUGAAAAGCGUUACAGCGAUGGGUCGUCCGAAAUUCGCUUGCCCAAUGGUAGCAUUAGAUACUUUGACCCCAAAAAUGACUUAGUUCAAGAAGAUUGGCGAUUUCCCGACGGGACUGCACUUACAGUGUCUGCUAAUGGUGAAAAACGUAUUGUAUUUCCUAAUGGACAGAUUGAAGUCCAUGCAAAAGAUCAUAAGCGCCGCGAGUUUCCCGACGGCACAGUGAAGUUAGUCUACAACGAUGGAACAUCGGAAACACGAUAUGCGUCGGGAAGAAUCAGAGUUAAAGAUAAACAUGGAAAUCUAAUCAUGGACUCUACGUCCAGGGUCCACAUGCAAAAUCACUAAAAGCCAACAAAAGUAUUGAAAAUGUUACAUUAUUUUUCAGUUGAAUUUAUAGACACAAAUUGAUAGCAGGCUAUCUUCUUUAUCUUCUUUAUGAUAUUCUUGACUUUCACUGUUACAUUGAUGCACUAGGGGUAAACUAAAUCUUAUUAAAAUUAUUUUGAAUUUGUUGA